CUUACUCAUAAUGUUAAUGGUUGUGCGUAAAGAACGAGGAGGACAUUCUAGCUUUCCAGUCUUCUGUCAACAUCUGUCCGACAAACGUCUAUUCACCGGUAACAGACCUUGUGAAAUACAAAGUCCAGAAUCAGAAAUGCAGUCGAGUUGGAGCUCUGUUGCGCAGAAGGGUGCAGGCAUGUCCUGUGAUCAGACAGAAGACUACACCCUUGUGUUCUUUGACUUGGAGACCACUGGACUGGAUAUAUUUCAUUGUGAUAUUAUCCAAGUUUCUGCAAUCAGUGGGGAUAAGACCUUCAAUGUCUACACGUAUCCUCGCCAGCAGAUCUCUGAGGAGGCCUCUGCUGUGACUGGAUUAACUGUCGCAAACCAAAAACUAUUCCUGCAUGGUGUUCCCAUAGAGACAAAGACCCAUGAAGAGGCCUUCACAGACUUCCUGGCCUUCCUUGGCACCUUACACCGGCCUGUGCUCGCAGGUCACAAUAUCAGGGGGUUUGACUGGCCCAUUAUGGCUAGGAUUUUGCUUGAAUUACACCUGAUAAACAAUUUCAAUAAAGUGUUGUCAGGAUUCCUGGACACACUUCCCUUGGCCAGAGACCUCCUACGGAACUCUGGUGUCAAGAAUUUUAAGCAGCAAACUCUGGUGAAGGCGAUUCUGAAGAAAUCUUACAACGCCCACGAUGCAGUGGAAGAUGUUAAAUCUCUGCAGGAGCUCUACUAUGCUUUAAAUCCUACCCCAGCGCAAAUGGCCAGACACCAUAUAAGUCAUGGGAAGAUGACCCAGCACAUAAAUUAUGGUUUGUAAACCAAAAAGGGAGGAAUACUGUUUAUGACUCAGGGAAAGCUGACAUGAGUUUGUAGGAAGCACAGUACCACACUUGAUUUUUAUAAAGGUAUAAAAACAAAUAUGAAAUAAUAAAUGCUUGGGCGAUAUACUUCAAAAUUGCUUCUCAAAAUGAAUAAUAUUUAGAGCUGUAGCUUGCUGAUGGCAAGAAUAUAUUAAUUAUGGUGCAUCUGUGUUUUUAAAAUCAACCUUUGUAGCUGUACUUCUGAAUCUGUUUUGAAAAGGGAAGUUUCCUCCUACAAGUGUUUUCAGAUUAAAGUUUGAUUGUGUGUG